CUGCAGCCGCCCGUCGGGAGCGUUUGUCCAAAUUCGCAGUUCCCACUCCACUACCAACCACCGUCCCAAUAUAUACGAACUAUACAUAUACACAUACAUACGCUCCUGUGGGACGCUGUGGGGCAAUAGACCUCCUUCCAGGUUCAGAACAAUUAUCUCAACACAUCACACAUUUCUAUACUACUUGAAUCGUUUGCGGUUCACUCAAAAGGCAGAAGAAGGGGCUUAAGGAACUGCUGGAAUACAAAACUUGGAAUACGCUCUCUUUCUACUUUGACGAGGCGUGGCUGGAAGCUCCGCAAUGGCAGACCCCAACCGACCUGCUCCCGGUCGGGUCUUUAUCCCACCUCGGCGCAACGUUCCAGCUCGUGCGUCAACGUCCAGCUCCCGAGAAAACAGCUAUUCCGGAGAUUAUGGAAGCGGGACCCCCGUCAGUGCUCCAUUGAUGAAUACUAGCGGCGGUGCACCGCCAUUGCCAGGCCGCGCCGCUACAUACAAUCCUUCCGGACCUCACAUACCACAAAGAGCUCCAUCCGGCUCAGGGCCUAGCAUCCCAUCUCGCUCUGCGUCCGCCCAAGGGCUGCCAGAGCGGACAGCCAGCAUCGCCAACAGGAACUCUUUCAUGCCGCCACCUCGCAGAGUAACGGCAAAUUCUCAAACGCAGGAUGCCCAGCGAUACGCCGCACAACAGACAACAUCGCCACAGCUCUCAUAUGAGCAACAACCGCCCCUACAAUUGAUGCCUGGACUGUCAAUGGGAUAUCCCGGCGGGCCGGAACCACAGCCCGGCUAUCCGCAACCUCUAGCGUUUCCAUCUCCCGAUGGCAUGGGGCAGCGACCGGUAGCCGGAUUCAGUCAAGCACCCGUACCGCAGCAAUAUGCAAUGGCAUAUGCCCCACCUUACUCUGCUCCCAAUACGAACCCCUAUGGUCAACCUUCCGAGCUAUUUCCCGAACCAGCACCAAUCUUGGAAAACUUCAUAACAACGGAGAGUCGGCGACCACAGUCACUCUAUUCUGAAUCGAAUCGACUAAACACUGUGCAACAACAUAGGCUCUCCCUCUCUGAGAUUAGUCCCGUCUCGUUUGGUGAGGGAUCGCAGCCUGAUUUGCAACGCACUUCUACCGAGAACUCUUUGAACAUCCCUCCACGGUCGGGGGGCUUCACCAUACCAUUGCGGAAUGCGUCCGUCAACCGUCCCAACAUUGAUACCCUGCUGGACGAAGGAGCGACCGCAUUUGCGCUGCCGAGGCACAACGUUGAUGAGGCGCUUGGAAAGUGGCGCCAGGCGAGAGAGCUCGCUUUGAGGGAAAACGAUAUGCUCAGAGAAGCAAAGGCGUUGUCGAACAUUGGGUGUGCGUUGAGGAAUCUUGGGCGAUUGAGGGAGAGUCUGGACGAGUUGCGGCAAGCGUGGGAUAUAUCCACGCGUUAUGUCGAAGAACAUGCCCGCACAACAAACUCCUUGUGGCUGCAGCUGGUCAUGCGGCAUGCGGACAUCGACUCCGAUGUGGAGGAGGAUGACCCAAUUCCGGUGCUAACGUCUGACAACGCCGCGAACGGAGAAAGCCAUGAUCCAUCACAGGGCCCGCCAAUCGUGGUGUGGUUCCUUCAGUUGACUACCAACCUGGGCAAUGCCCACUACUGUCUGGGACAGUACCAGGAGGCGAUCCAAUAUCACGACAUGUGCAAGAGAUUAGCAGAGGCGGUGCUGGAGGAAUACCCGCUUCCUCCGCAGUUCACUCUGGGGACUUUGCAGCGAACGAACAUCUCUACGGCUUCCUUGAAGUCAGCGGCUGGUAGAGAGGAGGGAGAUUCCGAGAGUAAUCGUGGAAGUACUGGGGAAUUAGGCCCCUCCACCAAAACCAAGAUCAAGCUGUCGUACCUGCACCGUCAAACACUCAUCGCCGAGACACGUUCGCUCACGCAUUUGGGUCUUUGUUAUCAACAGCUCGGUCUGGAUGACGAAGCUCUGUCGACGCACAAGCAAGCGGAGACGAUCGUAUCGUUCUACUCUGCCCGUCUUCUUCUGAACACCACAUCGACCCGCCGAGCCUCCCUGUCCAAUCCGAACGAUAUCUUCACAGCUGUAUCUUCCGCGGAAGCUGGAAUUGUCGCCAACUUGGGAACGGCCCAUCAUGCGAAAGGCCACAUCCACACAGCGACGGAUUACCACAGCCGGGCGGCCAAGCUGUUCUCCAACAUCGGCGAUCAACUCGGAAAGGCGAAGCAAGAUGCCAACCUUGGGUGUCUGUCCAUCGAGGUGGGCAAGCUGGUGAACAACCUCCAGUGGGCUCAUGAGGUGAACCUGGCGCACCAGAGAAAUCCCGCAAAUCUAGUAGCAAAGUUGAACACAUGUCGUCAGUUCUGGGGCCCCCCAAGACUGGAGACGAUCAAUUGGGGAGUUGGAGCGCCGGACGAGGAUGCACCUGAGAUCUUGGGACAACCCCUGUUCGAUGAAGGGAUCUUGGCUCUUUAUGAGAUUGAGAAAGUGUUUCGACGGAAGCAAGACUGGCUUGGUCGGGACUUCGUUUGGGCGAAUCUAGCUGUGGGUUAUGUUCUCCUGCACCAGCCAUACUUGGCAUUGUACUACUUAUCGCGGUUGGCGCCGGAGGUGCCCGCUGAUGGCACAAACCCAACAACGGGGCUCUUCAGUCCCGAUGCCAGCAAUGCGUACGGCACGAAAGCGAUAUCCCCAUUCCUGUACCCCCAUGUCUAUUUCACCUUGACCCAAGCCCUCUUCCUCCUCACACGGCUAAUGCAAGCCACUCCCGGACGGCCGCUGUUCCCUCAACCAGGCGACGGCUAUCUCGACCACGGAACGGGAUUGCCAGUCAUGGAUCCCGAGCCGGUCUCGCGAUUCUUGAAGGCGAUGCAUCUGGAGAAACUCACCCCCGACACGAUAAAUGACGAGAAAGUCAUGGAGCUUUUGGUAAACUGCCGAGAGGUCCUUGAUGGGAUUGUCGGUGCGCGCACGCAGGCUACAGCCACGAUGAUGUUUGCCCUCUCGGGCAGCGGCAGCACGGUCGGAUUGGACGCAAUUAGGCAGAAGAGUGUUUUGACGACCGCGACGUGUGCCAAAAUGGGGUAUUUGUUGGCGGAUGGGCCGGUCGAUGUGCCAGAGGUGUUCAAGAGGCUGUACGUAGACGACGGGAAUCGCGCCUUGAGCAGAUGCGCGAAGGAAAUACUGGGCAAGGCAGGGCUGUCUCCGAGCUUUGGCGAACCGAUUGCCACGCAAGCGUGGGACGGCAGCUCACCGUCUGGGCCUCCCAUUGACGGACCCGUCACACCUUUCUUGGCCAUCAGCGACAGAAUCUUAUCGGCGCCUCGGAAUGCAAUCGAGACCGACUCGGUGAAAUCGCAGUCUACGUCAUCUCGAUCAUCGCUUUAUGUUGGAGGAGGGGCUAUCGCAGCCGACUCCUUGGAGGGGCAACCGGCAGUUCUCGGCACUCUCCUCGGGAUCACGGCCGACCUGAUAUCAUUCGCCGUGUCCAAUCGGUCAAAAACUCAAGGCACAAGCCUGGAUCUCCCCUCCCUUCUGGGCUGCCCACCUGAAAUCGACAUCUUCGAGACACGCAAACGGCUCCUCCACGCCGCAAUGCAUGUCUACGGCUCCGCCAUCGGUUUAUGUCCCGCCUGCGCCGAGAAAUUGAUACCCGCGGUGGAGCAAGCCCGAGCGCCCAUUGAGGGCGAAACCCCGCAAGACGAGUUUCACGAAGGCGCUGAUAUCGUCUUUGUCAAAAUGUCGGAGCGUGAUAAGCGCGACCCCAACUUUGCGCCGACGGGGCAUAGCAGUCCGGCGAUCGUUUACCCGUGUCGCCAUUAUAGUUGGCCCAAGUAAAGACACGCUCUGUCGAUUCCCUCUCGCUUCACUGGGUUUUGUCGUUUAUAUCGUAGCUUUGUAAUUUACACACACGGUGUUUUGGGCCUUGCCCGUCACGCGUCGCAGUGUUCUUCCAAUCGUAGUUUCCUCCCUCAUCCCCCUUUUUUUGGAUUGUAAAUGUGUUGUUCCACCCAAUUCGUAUCUCCACUCUUCCCUCAAUCAUUCCGUAUACUUCACGUCGCCCCCCUGCUCUUAUUCAUACAAUUGUACAUUUCGUUAAGCUAUAACAUGCGCGCCCAUGGCAUUACGGCCUAUGUACUUCAAAUCAGGAGAGCAUAGAAUCCCAAAGCGA